GUUCAUCUUCAGUUCGUCCACAUCGGUCACCACGGUAUGAGCUCUAGUUUAGGCUCUUAAAAAUUGGAAAUUGGAUAACUCAGUUUAUUCCAUUCAAAAAUUGAUAAUACCUAAAUAAAUAUUUACUGGCGUUCCUUGUGUCAAAAAAACCAUAAAAUUCGUUGAAAAUGGCGCGUGCAGCUUUGUGCAUGGCCGUCGCUUGCAUCUUGAUGCAAUGCGUCUACUCUGCCAAGUUUGAUGCAGAGAACCGUCGUCUUAUCCUCGACAUAAACGACCAAAAGACAACGAAUCAGCAAUACUAUUCGUCAAACUUUGACACAAAUGCCUAUCGGUAUGGUUAUGAUGUCGGCAAGACCGGCAACUUCCACCACGAAACGAGAGGUCCCGACGGAGUGACCUACGGCUGCUACGGCCUCAUCGAUCCCUACCAUCUGCUCCGGGCAACACACUACGUGGCCGACGCCCACGGUUACCGCACAGUCGAGCCGGAGAAGCCGGUGGAGACCUUCCCACCACACCUGUACAAAGAGACUGACGGAGGACCCUCCGAGCCGGGCAUCCUGCUCCAGUGGGACGAGCUCUACUUCCCCAUCGGAUGUGGAAAGUUCGCCAACGGAGCCCAACACGGUGUUCCCUACUUCAUUGAGGAUUACAAAGAGACCAAAAAAAGCUCCGAUGCGAUUCCAUCGUUCAGCUCCAACAGUAUUGUGAUCAAGGGCUCCGACCAGAAGAGUCUGCCCAUCCACAAGCCCGUGGGUCCCAUUGGACAGAGCACGGGAAUCUUUGGCACCGACAAGGGCCACAGCGACCACAGUCAUCCCGGCGACCAGGCGCCGUCUUUCCACUCGGUGAACACCUUGCUCCCGGGCAGCAGCAAUGAUGGCCAGUACGUGCCGGAUAACAAUCCCUACAAGCAUGUGGUUGGACCCAAUGGAGGAAACGGAGGCAACGGAUCUGGCGGCGGCUUCGGUGGAAACGGAGGCGUCGGCGGCAACGGAGGAUUCGGACCCAAUGGGCCGGGAGGCCCGAAGGGACCCUUCGGACCUAAUGGGCCUCCUGGUCCACCUGGGCCUCCGGGUCCGGUCGGCGCGGGAGGAGGAGCCUCAGGAAAACCGGUCUAUAAGGACGGCGAUCGUAUUUCCGUCGGCAGCGGUUCCGGAAUCGGUGGCGGUGAUCGUUAUAGCACCGGAAACGGUGGCGGAAAUGGCUCCGGCGGUCGUUAUACCACCGGAAACGGUGGCGGAGUUGGUUCCGGCGACCGUUAUACCACCGGAAACGGUGGCGGAGUCGGCUCCGGCGAUCGUGUUUCCGUCGGAAGCGGUUCCGCAAUCGCCGCCGGCGGUCAGUACCGCCCUGGCAAUGACGGAACCUACACGAGCACCUACACGUACACCGAGACCGGUUUUCCUGGGGCCGUCGCCUAUCAAGCAGAUAACGGUAAAUAUAACCCUAACGCCAACGAUGGUCGCUAUUCUGGUAUUAACGAUGGCAAAUAUUAUCACGAUGAUUCGGGCAAAUAUGUUCACGUUGAAGGCCCAACUGGACCUCCAGCACCCCCAUAUGUCCAUGUGGUUGGACCCGAGGGCGGAUACGGCGGCGAGGGCGGCAACGGAGACGGCGGCGGCGUAGGCCCAGGCGGCCCGAACGGACCCGGCGGACCAAAGGGACCCGGCGGCCCCAAGGGACCCCCCGGACCUCCCGGACCCCCCGGACCACCUGGACCUCCCGGACCUAAGGGACCAACCAAGCCUGGACCUAAAGGACCUUUCGGACCUCCUGGACCACCCGGACCUCCUGGACCUACCGCUCCCGGCCCAUAUGGACCCCCUGGUCCUCCCGGACCAACCCGCCCUGGCCCACCAGGACCUCCCGGACCAACCCGCCCUGGCCCACCAGGACCUCCCGGACCUACCCGCCCUGGACCCCCAGGACCCACUCGCCCUGGCCCACCACCACCACCCAACGAUCCUCGUUACUCGGACAAGGAGACUCCCGGCUACCUGCCACCUGUCCAACCGGGUAAAAUUUCCAAAAUUCCGCCCCCAUCCUACUCACAAGUCAUUCAAGUUGAACCCCCAAAAGUAGUUUAUAAGCCGAAUUACGAAAAGAAUGAUGAUUAUGUGCAGAGAGUAACCACUAAGCCACCACUAACCUAUAUUCCUCCUUCUCCUUCCACUCCCAAACCCUAUGUUCCCGUUCCUGUUCCGCCAUCCCAAAAAAUCACGACGAUCGUACAGCCAAAGGUCCCGGCUAUCACUAUUGAGAAGGAUAAGCCUAAGAGCGUUCCGCCACCGCCAGUGACACCGGGUAAAGUUGAAAAGAACACAUACCUACCGCCACCACCACCGACUCCAAAAUACGUGACCAAGACAUCGACACCCGCACCGAUUCCGGUGCAACCGUACCAACCCUCGACCCCCCGACCUUUUGUGGUUAAUACCGCCACCCCAGUUCCCCAGACUCCGCCGACUAUCAAAUACCAUACGCCACAGGUACCGCCAGUGACUGUUCCUCCGUACAAGCCCGUGACCGCGAGACCGACACCACCACCCCAAGUUUACGUUGAACCCAAAGUAACGCCACGUCCCUCUCCACCAUUGCAUGUGCCAUCGAUCAGCGAGUCCUGUGUGUGUAACGCCGAUAAGACGCACUCAUCGAAAAGCACCCUUACCUCCACCACCACCACCACCUCAACCACCUAUCCCAAUCCAGCCUCUGUUGACUUUAACAAACAAUUUUCCGGCUUCAACGGACAAGCGAACUUUGGCAGCAUAAUAAACGCCAUGUCACUAACACAACUGCCGGUGAUACCUCAAGCUCCUGGACAGCCGGCCUUCUAUCCCCCGGACAAGAUCCCCAAGGGGGCGGUGAUCGCACUCAUGCCGGUGGUUAUCUUGCCGCAGGAGUACUAUUCAAGCUGCGAAGAAAAUUCUGUCUACCAACACUCGAACAUCGAUCCCUUCCCGCUGGGCGUUCAGCCGGCUUCGUUCAGUCUCCACUCCGUCCUGACUGGCUCCGCCCCCAAGGACCAAUGCAUGUGCCCCUGCUCCUGCACCCAGAAUCUGCCAGGACGAUUGCACAAGAAGCGCGAGGCGAGCGAUGCCGAUGCCCCAGUUGUGGUCAAGGCCGAGCCCGAAGUAGAAACUAAAGCUGAGCCCAUUCCGGCCGCUUCCGAGGAGGUCAAGGUUCAGGUUGAGCCCAAGCCAGUUGCCCCCGAAGAGGUUAAGGGGAAAGUAGAGCCCGCUGCUUCCGAGGAGGUCAAGGUGCAGGUUGAGCCCAAGCCAGCUGCCUCCGAAGAGGUGAAGGAAAAGGUUGAGCCCGUGCCAGCAGCUUCCGAGGAAGUUAAGACGAAAAUCGAACCCGAGGAAGCCAAAAUCCUGGCUGACCCUAAACCAGAAAUCAAGGCGACUAGCGAGACGAACUAAGACAAGGACAUAAAGAAAAACCAAUCCAAUCCUUAUCCCCAAUCCAAUCCCAACCUCAAUCCUACCUCCCCGAAAAAAAAGCAAAAACUAAACCUA